AUGGACUCCUUUACUACACCAACUACACCAACUACACCAACUAUCAGCAUGACCAGCACUAUUAUCAACACUAGAAUAUCAACAAGUAACAACAACAGCAACAAGGCAAGAUCUGCAGCCCUUGCGUCCGUUCUUCGUUCUCCGAAAGUUUGGUCUUCAGUCAAUCCGCGACGAUCCAUCAACAAUGUCCGGUUUGACUUCAAUCGAAACGAGACUCGGUUGUAUCUUCCAGAUGGGACAAGUAACAAGUCCAGCAAGAACAAGGCCAAGCGAGCUGCUACUUCCGCCCCACCACAGUCGUUUUCAGCAGGAGAUUCAGGAGAAGAGGCAACUCCCGAAUUGUCAACAGGUUAUUCUUUGAAGCAUCCCGACAACGUUGAAGAUGACGAUCCAAUGGAUGUCGAUGAGCCAUUGUCUCCAGAGGCCAAGGCUCCUCUCAAGAGAAUCGCUUCCACCGCUCCCUCUUUUGCAAGAUCGUCCAAGCGCCGCAAAUUGGAUUACUUGUCCAUCGUUCCGCCCUCUGCCCCAAGCAUCAUUCCAUGUUCGGUUCGAGAAUGGUCUCAACGGGUAAACGACCGAUGGACACCUCCCGGGCCUCACAAAAGAAGCCCGCCCUCUGCUUUCCUUCCUUCUUCUAGACCUACCAAGCGAUCAAAGAUGGAUUCGGCUAUUCCAAAUCCUUCCACGGAAUGGACUUCAGUCAAUCCACGACGAUCCGCUGCACUAGAUGAACUGGACGAUCCAAUUGGCUACCUUGUCUCGGUCAGGUUCUCCAAGCGUCGCAAGCUGAAGCAAUCUACGCUUCCAACUUCAAUUUCAGAAUGGGCCAAACGAACGAAUCAACUGUUCUCUCCUUUGCUCGCUGUCAUUAUUGAAGACCCAGAAGAAGAAGAAGAAGACGACGAGAGCCACAUUGACUCGUCUUCUUUGGAUGGAUUCAACAAUGAUGACGCCAUUGCCUCUGAAGGUGGUCCAAACAUCGCCGCCUUGAUGAAGGAUCCUUUCCCUCUACGCUUUGAUCUCGAGCAAUGGAACGGUGCCAUUUUCGAUCUUGCCGUGAUCAAGAAGAAGAGGUCGAAGGCCAAACGUCCCAAGUUGAAGAGGAAGGCAAAAGCCAAGCGACAAAACUGGACUUUCACUGCUAGCUUCUCUGUCAUUGUGGAACAUCCAGAGGAAGAAGAAGAUGACGACGACAUUGACAUUGACAUUGACAUUGACAUCGACAUUGACAUUGACAUCGACAUCGACAUCGACAUUGACAUCGACUCUGGUGAAUCAAGCUUCCUUACCUUGGCCGAGGAUCCGAUCAACGAUGUCAGCAACGAGGAGAUUGCAGCACCACCCAGGCAAUCUGAGAUCGUAGCUGAAACAGACGACGAUCUUUCCAUCCUUGCUACUACUGAUGAUGACACUAGUCAUGCAUCUCCAAUUCUUUCUAUUCCUGAAGACGGAUUGGGAUCUGGCUGGAGGACAUCGGGCGAUCGAUAUAGCCUUCGAUUGGCCAAGCUUUUGCAAGAUCAGAAGGAUGCUUCUACGGCAGCUUUGGGAUCUGGAUUGACGGAAGAAGGAAGACGAUUCAGUCGUCGUGUGGCAAACCGAAGAAUAAGUGGUGCCGAUUAA